AGCUCCCGGUUUGAUCCGCAGAGGGACGUGGUGCCCUGGCUUUCGGAGUCAGCCGCUGGAGGGGCGCUUGGAGACGACGCGAAGGCUGAUGCUUCAGGAAAUGACUUGGAAACACUGCAGACAAUAAACGUGGAAAGAAAUGGAAACAUUGUUUAUACUUGGAAGGGGAAUCGAGGACAUACCCAUAUUGGAUUAUAUGAUCCCAGUAGUCAAAAAAACCAGUGCAUUUAUACUUUUGAAAAAGAUUUACAUGUGGUCAGUUGCUCAGUCAACAGUGAAAAUACACUUUUGGCUAUCAGCUUUCUUCAGUCAACAAAAGAAGAAAGAGUAAAUCUACUAUUGCAACCAGUGUCUAAGUGUCUGACCCUACUAAUCGAAAUUCAUCCAGUUAAUAAUGUGAAAGUUUUAAAGGCUGUGGAUAGCUGCAUCAAAGUGCAAUUUCUAUAUCCAGUUGCAGAAACAAAUACUUUUCCAGAUAGCUGUCUUUUACUCAUUUCAGAAGAUAAAUAUGUUGAAAAAUUUGACAUCAGAGUGGUCAAAGAUGGAGACAAAGUGAUGAUUGAAAAUUCAAGCCAGCUUUCAAGAGUGAGAAUAGCUGAUGAUCUCAUUUGGGCCCAGUGGGACAUGCUGGAACAAAGGCUAUUCUACAUUGUCCCAAAGGAAUCAAGGGACACAUUAAAUUGCAUCCAGUUUUUUCCUGAUAACAACUUCAAGUUGAUACUUGAAGUACCUUUUGAUACCUCUUUGGCUGAUGUAGCAUUAAAACCUGUGAAUUUAGAGUAUAAUUAUAUUCAAGAUCAAGAGUUUAUACCUAAACCCUUGAAUGUACAAGUUUUUACCAGUGAAACAGGAAGUUUAAGCAUAUGUUGCAGUCUCAUUCCUGCUCAUCCUGAAGAAGUGACUUAUUCUGUCUCUUUCCUACAUAAAGGUUUUAGUAGAAUAUACACUGUUACUUUGGAAAGAAUGGAUUAUUUGCAAGUGAGCAAUCUGACUUUUUUGCAUCUUGACCAUUACCUGGCUGUCUAUUUACCUGGACAUUUUUUGCAUCUCCUCAACGCUCAGCAUCCUGACUUGAUGUGCUACAGCUUCUUUUUAACAGGUGGGAAUGCAGAGAUUAAUGGAUUGAACACAAGCACUAUUCUUUCCCCUCUCAAGUCGAUGAUUUUGGAUCGUGGCACAGGAAGAAUGUUCUCCAUGGCAAUAAACAAGCAAGCCUUGUUGCAGUUUCUGUGCACCAGCAGAGCCGAUCGCGACAGGCUGGCAGCCCUGCACUGUCUGCUUCUACAUGUUGGAAUCACAGUGGAGUUGGAAACCCAGAUAAUCCAAUGGAUAUCAGAGAAUGCACCAACAUGUUUUACAUUUGACCCGAUGCAAGAAUUUAUCAUUGCUUCUUUAUACUGGACAAUGUGUCUGGAGGCCGCCAAUCUGGAUAAGCUUUUACCAUACACAUCACUGCUGUACUGGAAUGAGCACAUACCUGGGAUUAUAUGCAAAACAAACAUUAUCUCAUUACCUGUUUUAAAGGAAGAAAUAAUUAGCAUAAAAAUGAGGAAACCUCUCUCUCAUUCAUUUGAGGUACAAAAUUGCAAAGGCUUCUGGGAAAAACUAAAUCUGAGCCUGGAAUGUGUGAAGUACGCUGAGCCACACUUGCAUUUCAACUACAAGGUUCUUAAGAGGGAAUGGCAUAAGCUGCUUUCAGAUGAGAAAAUGGAAGAGGGAACAACAUAUAUGAAAAGUGUAUUUGAAAAUGCAAAAAGGGUGCUUUCCAGCUUAAAUACAUGGAAAACAGAAGAAGGGCUAGUUUCUCUUUUGCAAGAUGAGGAUUAUCAGCAGCAAUUGCUAACAGGACUGAUGGUUGCACAGUUGAAAGAUCAUCUCAUGAGGCAUGUGCAGUAUUUUGGCAGAAAGAAGAUUGAACACAUAGCUGUGGAUUAUGUUUCAAAAUUGUUGAAUCUCAUAUGCCGGAUUCUGGAAAACGUUUGGAAGAAAUAUAAUCUUAAUUCUGGGGCUGCCUCACUGAGACAGCCAGGAAAUUCAGAUGAGCUUGCUGUGUUCCGUGUCAUGUGUCAGGUUCUACAGUCUGCAAAGGAAAUGUGUAUGCCUCUCCCUCCAGGGUUUCAUACCUUGCAUAUGGUGCUGGGAGGGCAGUGUCUCCCUUUGCACACACUCUUGCAUUACAUUGAUCAUGGAGUGCUGCUUUUAACAGAAAAGUAUGUUAUGGGACUUUUGAAAGAGCUUGACAACAGUGAAAAGAAUGAGAGGCUCAAACUGAGUAUCUUCACAAGGCUUCCCGAGAGAAAGGGUCGCAAGGUUUGUCACCUGUGGAAUCAUCCUAUAACCUCUAAUAUGAUUGCAAGGAACUAUGUUAAACUCUUGCUUGAAAAAGUGAGAAAUAAACAGCACAGUAGGCUAGUAGUGGACAGACUGUCAUAUCAAAUCGAAUUUCUUCCACUCAAUUAUUUGGUCAGUAUAUUAGCGGAAGUGGAGCAUCAAGGAUGGGCAGCUUCGGUGGAACAAGAGAACAUGAAUGCAAGAUCUGUUGAAAAGUUGGCCCUGAAGCACACUACAGCUUUCCUAGGUCUUUAGUACUGAUUCCUGAAAAUGGUGGUACCAAUUAAGCAGUUUUGACAUGUAUCCAUAACAAGUGGAUUUUAAAAACAGCUGUAAAACUGGAAGGAUGAUUAUUUUUGGGACAGAUACUAAAACCCUUGCUGCUUAAAUAAAAGGUUUGGAGUCAUGACACUACAGUAUCAUUAAUGGUAUAUACUGCUGAUGUUGACAUGCUGUAAAAGCAACCACAAGCUGUUUCCAAAUUAUUGUCAAUAUGUCUGUUGUACUUACAAUACUGAUGCAAAUUCUUAUAUGUAAGAAUUGUUAAGUAUGCAGUGAUGCUGAAAGGGUGAUUUUUUUGGUAUGGUCUAAUACUGAUGCAUCACUGAGGCCACUUGAGCUUGGGCAAUACGAAAAUACUGGAUGGUAAAUAAAAAUAGUUCCUUGUAAAUAAGGGGAAAUAAUAAAUGGUUUUGAAAAUAGAUGUUAAUCUUGUAAAUAACCAAGGACUUUGUAAAUAGGUGACCCUCCAGAUGUUGCUAGCUCAUAGCUCCCACCAUUGACAUGUCUAGGGCUGCUGGGAAUUGUAGCCCAUUCAACAACUGGAAGGCCACAGGUAACCCAGCCCAUUGUAACAUAUUGUACCUCUUGUGUAUAUUUUGCAGUUAAUACCUAACUACUACAAAGGGAAUAAGCUUUACUAGAGUGUAUUUAUUUCAACAUUUUGCUUUGUUAACCUUCAGUGGGAAUGACUGUAUCCUAACUGUGAAACAUUAUUAAAUCUCAUUAGUAGAAGUA